CCCCGUUUUCUAUUGAACAACUACCGUUGGCCGUAGGAAUCCUCUAUCUCAAUGCGAUGAUAUGUAUGUUAAUUUCAAAAUGAGUCCUUUCUUUGUCCUGUUUCUCUCUGUUUGCUCCUUCUCCGUCGGCCAUUCCUGCCUGUGUUCUCUGUCUCACUCUCUUUGAAUCCGAGAGGAAGAAGACGAGGAGGAAGAGAGUCUGGUGGGAAGGCGUUAUGAAGAAGUACAAGAAUGGGGAAAUCUGGAAUUUUGAGCAGGAUAUGGCAUUGAGCCCCGAGUGUUCCCAUGUGAUCCUGGGAGUGGACGGAGGGACCACCUCCACAGUGUGUGUAUGCAUGCGCAUCAACCCUUUUGCCGACUCCGGUGUUCUCCCCAAAACCCUCCCGGUCCUUGCCCGUGCCGUUGCCGGUUGUUCCAACCACAACAGUGUCGGCGGGUAUUUAAAAUCAUUCUGCUCCGUGUCUUUCAACAUUUUGUAUUCUCCAGAAACUGCUGCAAGGGAGACAUUAGAGCUUGUUAUGGCAGAUGCUCUUUCAAAGUCAGGUUCGAAUAGAUCUGCUGUCCUGGCUGUUUGUUUAGCUGUAUCUGGUGUUAACCAUCCAACUGACAAGCAAAGAAUACUAAAUUGGCUUAGGGAUAUAUUCCCCAGCCAUGUACGGCUAUAUGUUCAUAAUGAUGCUGUGGCAGCUCUGGCAAGUGGCACAAUGGGAAGGCUUCAUGGAUGUGUUUUGAUUGCUGGUACAGGAACCAUUGCUUAUGGAUUUACAGAAGAUGGUAGAGAAGCUCGGGCAGCUGGUGCAGGGCCUGUCUUAGGUGAUUGGGGAAGUGGAUAUGGCAUUGCUGCACAGGCAUUAACUGCAGUAAUAAGGUCGCAUGAUGGUCGUGGUCCACCAACGAAACUUACUAAUAGUAUCCUACAGGCACUUGGUCUUUCCUCUCCAGACGAACUCAUCAGGUGGACCUACGCUGAUCCAUCUUGGGCUCGCAUUGCAGCACUUGUUCCAGUUGUAGUAUCUUGUGCAGAGGAAGGUGAUCUAGUUGCAGAUAAGAUCUUACUAGAUUCUGUUCAGGAGUUGGCUGCAAGUGUGAAAGCUGUUGUCCGAAGACUUGGCUUGUGUGGUGAAGUUGCAGGUGGAGAAGAUUCCUUUCCCCUUGUCAUGGUUGGUGGUGUUCUUAAAGCCAAUGAAAGGUGGGACAUAGGGAAAGAAGUCAUAAACUGCGUAGUGAAAGACUUCCCUGGGGCUCUUCCAAUUAGACCAAAGGUGGAGCCUGCUGUAGGGGGAGCAUUGGUAGCUUGGAAUUUCUGGAUGAAGGAAUCCCACAAUGAAGUACAUAAAAGCUGAUCAUUGACUAUGCUUGGCUGCAUUGGCAUACUGAUGUGACAACUACAAAUGAAAAGAGCAAUGUGAAAAUGAAUAAAAGUGGUUAAAAGUAUUUUAAUUCUUUUCAUAAAUGUAAUUUAGCCUUGUGACAAAAAUCAGAUUUAGUUUUGCUUUGUUUUCCCAUUAAUUUCAAAUCAAAAUAGCCUUUGAGUGCAAAAUUAUUUGGGUCA